UUAUCUUACUGGCUAUCAAUUCAAAGAAGAGAAUUGAGAAGAAAGCCCAGAACUUAAUUUGCUUAUUCUCACUCACGUAAUUCCCCAAUUCCCAUCCAUAUCUAUCCCACACUAUACCAUAUGGCUUCUUCUUCUUCUUCCCAGCAGAGCAUGAUGAUGAUGAUCAGUUUCUUCUUCUUGUCUGUGCUUCUACUCUUCUCCCUGCAACUACCCACUGUCUCCUCCAAGCUCCACAUUCUGGAGAGCGCCAAGGCUGAAGGGGCAGUCUGCCUUGACGGCUCUGCACCCGCCUACGAUUUGGAGGUCGCCCAAGGCCAUGGCGACAAGCGGAACUGGGUCAUCUACCUCCAAGGAGCCGGAUGGUGCUUGAACUCCACCAUUUAUCAAGCCAAAGACAACUCUAUUGAGAGCUGUCGUAGUCGGGCUGCCAGCCGGUUUGGUUCUUCCCGCUACAUGAAUGCCUCUGUUUUCGGGCAUUUCUUUGGCGCUCACUCGAAUGAGACUUAUUUCUAUAAGUGGAAUCGAGUGAUCGUUAGGUAUUGUGACGGGUGCUCGUUUGCCGGUGACGCCGACAAACCCGACCCUGUCACGAAGCUCUACUACAGAGGUGCUAGGAUCUUUCGGGCCGUCGUCAGGGACCUGAUGGCAAGAGGAAUGGAGGAUUCUAGCAACGUUCUUCUCGCCGGGGGUUCGUCGGGCGGGCUAGCAGUGAUGAUUCACUGCGACGGCUUCCGACGCAUGUUUUCUAUAGAAAAUAUUAUUAGAACAGAACUUGAAUGAUUUGAUUACACAUAGAUCCGCUAUUUAUAAUAGCUACAUGACUAUGACCUAAUUACGAGCCCAACAAGAAUGAGCCCGUUAACAACAAACCCUAAUGCAUUCCCUAACAUUUUCUGCGGGCGUUCGGGUGAAGUGUCUCGCUGACUCUUCCCUCU